AUGGUUGGAGGGACAUGCAUUAAUGAAAGUCAAGUGAGAACAGAAGCACUUUUUGCUGACCUAUCCCAUUUCCCAGUCCCGUCAAUACAGAUUGCUUUCACGUCAGUUGUAUUUCCAUGCCUUCUAUUAGCCUACUGUGGUCAAGCUGCAUACCUCAUGAAAAAUUCAAAUAACGUGAUCGGUGCUUUUUAUCAUUCCAUUCCAGACAACAUAUAUUGGCCUGUGUUUAUUGUUGCAACUGCAGCUGCUGUUGUUGCAAGUCAGGCCACCAUAACUGCAACUUUUUCAUUAAUCAAGCAGGCCCUUGCACUAGGCUGUUUCCCAAGAGUCAAAGUCGUACACACAUCUAGGAAGUACCGUCACCAGAUUUAUAUUCCAGAAAUUAAUUGGAUUGUUAUGAUUCUCUGCAUUGUCGUGACAGCUGGGUUUAAAAAUCAAAACCAAAUUGGCAAUGCCUCUGCUCCAUGUUUAUCCAUAUUAUGCAAAAGAUUCUCUGACCUGGAUUAUGGGGGUCAGCUUGGCCAGUGGCUGGACAGCGGUUUGUGUAGUCAUGUUGGUAACCACACUGCUUAUGAUUUUAGUCAUGAUAUUAGUGUGGCGCUGCCACUGGAUUCUUGUCCUGAUUUUCACUGGCUUAUCAUUGGUUGUGGAGGGCACUUACUUUUCUGCUGUGCUCCUCAAGGUCAUCAAGGUGGCUGGGUUCCUCUUGUGAUCGCAACAGCCUUCUUUAUCAUCAUGUAUGUUUGGCAUUAUGGGACAGUAAAACGGUUUGAGAUUGAGAUGCAUAGUAAGGUUUCCAUGGCAUGGAUUCUUGGACUUGGUCCCAGUUUAGGACUGGUUCGGGUACCUGGGAUAGGCCUUGUGUACACUGAGCUAGCAAGCGGAGUGCCCCGCAUCUUCUCUCAUUUUAUCACCAACCUACCCGCCAUCCAUUCUGUUGUUGUCUUUGUCUGCGUGAAGUACCUUCCUGUCUGGACAGUACAAGAGGAAGAGCGGUUCCUUGUAAAGCGGAUCGGACCCAAGAAUUUCCACAUGUUCCGUUGUGUUGCAAGGUAUGGCUAUAAAGACGACCAUAAAAGGGAUGAUGAUUUUGAGAAAAAGCUCUUUCAAAGCCUUUUCAUGUUUGUCCGGCUUGAGUACCUGAUGGAAGCGUCUUCAGACUCUGAUUUAUCUAGUUUACUUGACCAACAAACUAAGCAAUCAGGAGAUGGCCUGUUUUGUAAUAGCAGCAAUAUGCUUCAUUCCAAUGUGAACCGGUCAAUUGCGUCAGGGGACUCGAUCGUGCCUGAUGAUUCUCCAUUGCAUGCAAACAACAUUACCUCCUCCAUUCCGGCAAGCAACCAGGUUGGAACCGAUGAUGAGGUGGAAUUCUUGAACAACUGUAGAGAUGCAGGGGUGGUGCACAUACUGGGAAACACUGUAAUUGAAGCUAGGAGGGAAUCAAAGUUUUGGAAGAAGAUAGCUAUUGAUUACCUAUAUGCAUUUCUUAGGAAGAUGUGUAGGGAAAACAGUGUAAUGUUCAACGUUCCUCAUGAGAGCCUCUUGAAUGUUGGGCAGGUAUUCUAUGUGUAG